AUGGAUGCUAAACUGCAAGAGGACCUGUUCCGGAGGUACGUGGCGUGCCUGGAGAGGCGGCUGGAAGACGGAGGGAGGAAUGCGGGUCCUGGGAGAGGCACCUCGCAGGGGGGCAGCGAGGCCCUACUCUCCACGGCCACGGCCCUGCUGGGGGCCUACCAGCCAGACCCGGGCCAGAGGUUCCGCAUGGUGCGCUUCUAUGAGGUGGUGGAGAAUGCCAUGCGCUGCCUGAGAGGCUGCAGUCUGCGUGGCCUGGAGAGAGCCUUCCACACCCUGGAGACGGUCUGCACCAACUUGCUGCUCUUCCCCUGGAAGAAAGAGUUCCGCUGCAUCAAGGUAUGUACCAUUAUCUAAAGCUAUUGGACUGGACCUGUUCCUGUCAUCAGACUGUGUAGAUGGCAGGAUUGUUGUAGUAUAUUAAUAUGGUCCCUGAGGUUAAACAUUGUAUUGUAUGCAUUACAAUGAAUUUGCAGGAACACUCCUUAAUAACUCUGUCCUCCUUUGUAUCUCUCCCCCUAAUAGACCUUCACGGGCCCGUACGUCUACCACCUACAAGCUGCGUUGUGCGACGGCGAUCUCCGCUCCCUCCUGCGUUCCAUGGGCUACUCCCGCGACCACGAGCUCCAGUUCCACGUCCGUGACCACCCUGGUGGGCCUGCCCACCUCCAGCAGCUAGCCUUCGAGCUCUUCCUGGCCCAGGCUGAGUGUCGUCUCCUGGGGGAGGUGGUGGCUCUGGCCCGGGGCUCGGCCUCUGAGCUGGAGGCCCUGGAGCAACGGAGGGGCUGCCGGGACGACGCAGCCGGCUGUGCCGAGGUCCUCCGGCGGCGGGACAGCCUCGGGGCCGACAUGGCCCGGCUCUCUGUGCGACCGGUGGACAUAGGUCACCCUCACCAUCUGAGAAGAGGGGGAAGGCCGUCCAAGUCAGUGGAUGUGACGGAUGGAGCUGGGCAUUGGCACACAGCCAGUAAGCCUGUCCUGAAAGCCUCUCUGAGCCUGAGGAAGGAGCCUCUGUUUGUGGAUGCAGAGGAGGACAUGAAGGAUGAGAUCAUCAGGCCCAGCACCUCCACAUCCAUGUUUUCUGUGGCUGCCCCGCCUUCUUACAGCCCCUUGGCUGACUUCUUCCCUAUCCAAUCACCGCCCUCGGUUGAUGCCUACUCCUCCUACCACCUCUCGUCAUUGGAUGAGAUUGAUCUGUACACAGAGAGAGGUGGGCCUGGGGUUGGAGGUCGACAGACGCCUUCCAGACCUCCAUCCAGGGAGCCCUGGGAUGCCAGGGAUGGCUGGGCACUCAAAGCCCAUGGCGGACUCUCUUCUCUGGGGGUGAAGUGUCAGGGUUGUGGCCUGGGCUCCUCCAGCCUGGCCUCCUGCCCUAGGUGUGAAAUGAUCUUGUGCCCGGCCUGUCGCGACAUCGACCCCUCCCCCUGUUGCGGCCUGCAGGAGUACCCAACCCCCAAAUCACCCCGCCCCAUGGAUGGCUACCUCCCCGUCAAGGAGAAGCUGUCAGUAUACUCCAACACCCACUCUCCUCACCCCCACAUGCACCCUCAUCCCCUCACCCUCACCCACCAGCACACCCACCCCCACCCCCAGAUGGUGGAGAAACCCCUCAUGGCCACCAAGCUGUUUCCCAGCAAGUCGGUUGUCAUGGCGUCAGCCAUCGUAGCCAAUACUGACCGAGCGAGUCUGGGGGGGUCACGGUGCGGAUUCUGUAACAAACCGGGCGCGUCUCACACCUGUGUGAACUGUUCCAAGGUGUCGUGUGACUCGUGCAUGAGCCUGUACGCUAAAGACUUGUGCACACGUAAAAACCCCCAGCACAGCUUUGUCCCCAACCAUCAGCUCAACUUUAAGUCUGGAACCAUAUCACACCUGGUGUACCGAUGA